CACUGACGGAAAUACAAUUUUCUACAAUGGCGAAUUAGAUAUCUUCAGGUAAAAACACAAGAGGAACUCAACUGAAAUCCACGCGAUAUAGUUUGAAAUCUAUGUUCAGAGUACUGCUGAUUUCUGUAUAACCAUGUGAUCAGUGUUCUUCAUCAUGCGUCGAUCAAGAACAGUGUAGUCCGAAUGGACAAACAGCGAAAAUCCUUGGAAGGUGGAGACAAUUUGAUAUAUGAAUUCAGUGAAAUUUUUGAAUUAUUUGAUAGUGCUGACAUAUCAGAAGAUUUGCCUCUCCCAGAAUCAACCGGACUGAGCCCAUUAACUUUAUCCUUAGAUCAUAACCUGACGCUGCAAGAGGAUAAUUUGCUGGUUAGUGAAACCGACAUGGGCAUUGAAAAUACCUGGACGGAAGCAAAUAGUUCAGCGUCUGAUUAUGCAAUUCCAUUGCCAGCACCUCCUGGAUUGGAUGACUUUACAGAUGUUGGAGCCAAUCCCAUGGAAGAAGUUUGUAUAAGCAUGGAACAUGGACCGUUCUUACCACCUGUCACUCCAAUACUAAAUAACCUUUUUGCUGAUACAGGAGAGACGCAGGAUGAUUCUGUGAUUGAAGUUAGCACCCCUGCUGGCGUCUGUGGCUUGCGAAAUCUCGGUAAUACGUGUUUUAUGGCUGCGGGGUUACAGUGUCUCACUGCCACCCCUCCUGUGCUGCGACAUUUUUUGGAGUUGCAGCAGAGAGGACAAAAGUUACUGCAUCCACCUCCGGAUACGCUGAUGGCUCAUUUUAGUUCGCUCCUCGGUAAAAUGUGGUCUGGAAGAUACAGUGUUGUCAGGCCCACCGAAUUUAAGCAAACUCUAGGCGCGUAUCACUCGCAAUUUAAAGAUUAUAGACAGCAUGACUGCCAAGAGUUUCUUGCACUUCUGCUCGAUUCUCUUCACGAACAAACGAAUACAGCUGCCAAAAUCUGCCAGAUGCCUGUUGGUACUACUGCCGCUGCUGCUGCUACUGCUACUGCUACUGCUGCUGCUGCCGCUGCUGCUGCUGUUGCUGUUGCUACUGCUGCUACUGUUGCUGCUACUGCUGCUACCACAACCACUGCCAAUACAACUAGUCAAAAUGAAAACGUGGGAAAACGUUCUUUCAUUGAACCUAUUAUUACUGCCAUCAGUAAUUCAAACUGUAAUAUUGAGCUUAUGGAAAUGUAUGAAAAUUCACCAUGGCCCGAAUGUCCUAAUAGCCCAAAUCUUACUAUGGCUGGCUCUCCGCGAGAUUUAGACUCGCCGAUGGCCGAGCUAGACAGUACAGCAAAUUCACCUCAAAGAUUGCCUUUGAAUGACAACGACGACGAAGAAACAUUGGACUCGGAGGAAGUAGUCGAUACGAGUAAAACUACUUUUAUUCAUAACAUAACACAAACGAAUAAAAGUAGUCGAGACGAGGAGAACGAAAAAGAUGGUGACGAGAAAAUCGAUGAAAACGAGGAGAGGGAUGACGAAGACGACAACGACGACGACGACGACGAAGAAAGAGAACAGGACCAGAAUGAUUACAUGCGAGAUAAGGAGCAGUUAACAGUCCACGCAACAAACAGAAUUAAUACUACCAGCUGCCAGCCAUUAAGAUUCGAUAAGCUGAUUGCCCUCUCAAAAAAUGUAGCCGCGCAGUACCAUGGUCUCUAUGACAUUCUGAAGGAUGCAAAAACGAGUAAUGCCAAUUUCCUUGUAACACCGCAAGAAUGCAAUAACGAGAUUCAUUAUGACUCGCAAAAGUUUCCAAAGGAUAAUAUUCGCAGAAUGACCUUGGAGAAUUCAAACCUAAUGGAAAAUCAUGAUUUUGACAAUAAGAGCGUCAGUAUCAAGAGGAUAAAAGAGGUUAAUGUUCAAAAGAUGAAUUGCGCAAUGGAUAGCUUAUCUAGCGGCGGUUCUUAUGUCAAAUAUGAUUCCGGUUUGGAAAAGUGCAAUGUAAAGAGAAUGAGACUAGAAGAUCAGGAAAAAAAUCAUAAACGCGAUGGACUCGGAACGAGUUUCGGUCGUGUUGGUAGUGGUGGCAUUGGCAGUGACAGUGACGGUGGUGGUGGUGGUGGUGGUGGUAGCUGCGGUGGUGGUGUAACGCGAUGCUCCAGAGGACUACAGAACAACGAAAAUGGAGCAAUAGCUCCUCAAGAGGAACUCGAAGCAGACAUGCACUGGGCAAAGCAUCUAAGAUCUAACAGAAGCAUUAUCGUCGACACGUUUCAAGGGCAAUUUAAAAGCACGGUGAUAUGCGAAGUAUGUAAACACGUGUCAGUUACUUACGAACCAUUCAUGUAUCUGUCUGUCCCGUUACCACAUGCAAUGGAGAGGCAGCUUAUCGUUACUUACGUGCCGGCCAAUAGCGAGUCUCCGACAAGAUGCGUUGUCUCUUUGAACAAGCAAUCGAGAAUUGGCAAGUUGAAGGAGGAACUGUUGAAAACUUUGGGCAAGGAACAUCGUGUCGCUAUUGGCAACAUAGCUAUGGCUGAAGUACUCGAAAAUCACAUCGCCCGGAUUCUGGACGACAAUUCGCUGUUGAGAUACGUCAACGAUACUAAUCGUACUGUAUACGCCUUCGAGUUGUCCGAACCACCCAACGCCUUUGUUUUGAAAUUUGAAGACGGAAAUGCUAUUUCCGAUAUCGAAGCCAAUAACGCUUGUAUCGCCACUACCGACAAUGGUGCUGUUGUUGAUCGCGAGAUUCGUACUGGAGCAUCUGUGAAAGUUGGCUGUGACGUUGUCUGGGAUGAUACAGGCAGUGCGAACGGAAAGGCAUGUCAAAAUAGCGCUGCCGUACUCAUUGGAGAGGAAAUUGGCCCGUGCACCAUUUGUCUCGAAGAGCUAGACGGUGAUCUAAAGAAACAUGCUGGCAAUACUUGUAACUUUAUUAUGUGCGAUCCAUGUAUCGAGAACUACUUCAAGAAUCAAACGGAACCUCAAAUGUGCCCAGUGUGUUCAACGUAUGUAACGGCUUCGUCGUUUGCAAAGAUCGACCAGACUGGUAGGCCGAGGCCAGCUGUUCGCAUUCUGAAUGUCCCGGUUGUACUGAGACAGGAUACCAACGAAACAACCAACAACCGUAAGGGUACCAAGCUUUUUGGAUAUCCACACCUAGUUAAGUUGCCCUCGAGAGUCAAUGCAAAGGAUCUCUACGAUAUUAUUGAGAAGGUUAUACCGCAACAUGGCAGCUACACGGUUCACUUUGUCGACGGACAGGGACAUCACUGUUCACGCUGUAUGUACACCGCACACUGUACUGGUUGUCGGGUGCCGGAAACUGGCUUGGUUGCACUUCAGAAUGGCGAUACCCUCGCCAUCCGAUAUACGGAAAAUCUACCGAAGAUCGUUCAGCCAAUUGAACAUAUUACUUUAACGAGACAACGGCCCCACCAUCCGCUCUCCCUUUACGAUUGUCUGCAAGCAUUUAGUCAAAGUGAAACCUUGGACGAGCUCAAUCCAUGGUUUUGCCCAACGUGUCAGCGUAACCAGUGUGCUACAAAAACAUUAACCGUCCAUCGUUAUCCCAAGUUUCUCAUAGUUUAUCUUAAAAGAUUCGUUUUCUACGAAUGUGUCAGUAUGAAGCUCGACGACAAAGUUACCUUCCCUCUGGUCGGAUUGAGCGUGGGCAGACAUCUGUACGACCUUUAUGCAUGCGUCUGUCACUUUGGAGGUCUUUCGGCGGGUCAUUACACUGCCUAUGCGAAAAAUCCUAAAACAGAUGUCUGGUACUAUUAUAAUGACGAGAUCACGAGCAGGCAGAAACCCCAAGAAGAAGACUUUAGCAACGCUUAUAUCCUUUUUUACAGUCGACAGGGGACUUCCUUGAAACCGUGCAAUAUAUGAGUGACAACAAUCGUUAUUCGUCGCCAGGACCUGACCCAAUCAAUCAAUCGUACGCUAAUAUCGGUAGAUACAUGAAUUAUCGUGUGCAGCACUGGUAAGCCAGCAUUCGUUUUGAGCUUACUUCAGACCGUACAGUUUUUCUACGAUUGAAAGUACAUCGCUCGAAUACACGUUACUAAGGAUAAAGUUCAACGGAACGUACAAAAUUUUAAUACUUAACAGUUUAAAUAAGUUUCACGUUCCGCGAAUCGAUUUCCGUCUUAAAAAUGAAAGUCUGAUAUUCCCAUAUGAUUUUACAUGCUUAAAUCAUAAGAGAAACAAAAAACAUUAAACACGUGACAGCUUUUAUACAGUUUUCGACCGUUAUAAUUCACAUUCGAUUGAAUUCAUGUAAAACGUAUUGACAUGUGUCUCUGCGUGCGUGCCUUUGUGUAUUUGUGUGCGUGCAUGCAUAGACGAAUGACUGAGCGUCCGUGGGUGGGUGUGUUAAGCCAAACUUUAGGUGAUAUCUAUUGAAUGAAGUUUUGUCAGAAAUCCAUUGUACGGCUCGCAUGUUAAUCUUUCUUCUUCGUUCCCUUGAAAUAGGAGGAAAGAAAUUCUUAGGUAAUUUUUAGGAUGCAAAAAAAAAGUAUAGAAAAUUAUCCGUAUACAUUUCAUACUUCAUGCGUAUGGCGGCGAAAAAUAAGUAUAUACUUACAUCGAUCUAUCUGUAUGUAUAAAAUUUGUACCAUAGUUAAAUAUAAUCACGAAAAAUUCAA